GCUGUGUGGAGCUUCUGAAAUCUGUGGAGAUUCUUCUCUGCAGAUGCAGGAAGAAAGCAGGUGGAUGGAUGAAUAAGUAUGGCCUUGCUCCUGGUCACCUUGCUGGCAUUCCUGAGCUUAGGCUCAGGAUGUCAUCAUCGGAUCUGUCACUGCUCUCACAGGGUUUUCCUCUGCCAAGAGAGCAAGGUGACAGAGAUUCCCUCCGACCUCCCCAGGAAUGCCGUUGAACUGAGGUUUGUCCUCACCAAGCUUCAAGUCAUCCCUAAAGGAGCAUUUUCUGGAUUUGGGGACCUGGAGAAAAUAGAGAUCUCACAGAAUGAAGUCUUGGAAGUGAUAGAGGCAAACGUGUUCUCCAACCUGCCCAAAUUACAUGAAAUUAGAAUUGAAAAGGCCAACAACCUGCUAUAUAUAGACCCUGAUGCCUUCCAGAGCCUUCCCAACCUCCGAUAUUUGUUGAUAACCAACACAGGUAUUAAGCACUUACCAGCUGUUCACAAGGUUCAAUCUCUCCAAAAGGUUCUACUAGACAUUCAAGAUAAUAUCAACAUCCACACAGUUGAAAGAAAUUCUUUCAUGGGGCUGAGUUUUGAAAGUAUGAUUUUAUGGCUGAAUAAGAACGGCAUUCAAGAAAUACACAACUGCGCAUUCAAUGGAACCCAACUAGAUGAGCUGAAUCUAAGUGAUAACAAUAAUUUAGAAGAAUUGCCUAAUGAUGUUUUCCACGGAGCCUCUGGACCAGUCAUUCUAGACAUUUCAAGAACGAGGAUCCAUUCCCUGCCUAGCUAUGGCUUAGAAAAUCUGAAGAAGCUGAGGGCCAGGUCAACAUACAACUUGAAAAAGCUUCCCAGUCUGGAUACGUUUGUCGCUCUCACGGAGGCCAGCCUCACCUACCCUAGCCACUGCUGCGCCUUUGCAAACUGGAGACGGCAAAUUCCCACACUGUGCCACCUAUAUGUGUCCCAGAAAGCAGCCAAGUCAACUCUUGAGGGGAGAAGGAUAACUGCCACACCAGAGACUGACGCACACAUGCACAGUACAGCCCAACCCCUCCAAGACUCCCUAAUCCAUCUUUGGAUGUUAGCACCUCACAGAGAGGACAAAGAUUGGGACACCUGUUCGCUUUGGCUUUCAAGCUCUGAGCUUCAUCCAAUUUGCAACAAAUCUAUUUUAAGGCAAGAAGUCGAGGAUAUGACCGAGGCUAGGGGUCAGAGAAUCUCUUUGGCAGAAGAUGAGGAAUCCAGUUACGCCAAAGGAUUUGACAUGAUGUACAGUGAAUUUGACUAUGACUUAUGCAAUGAAGUGGUUGAUGUGACUUGCUCCCCCAAGCCAGAUGCGUUCAAUCCAUGUGAAGAUAUCAUGGGGCAUGAUAUUCUCAGAGUCUUGAUAUGGUUUAUCAGCACCCUGGCCAUCACAGGGAAUAUCAUAGUGCUGAUGAUCCUGAUCACCAGCCAAUACAAACUCACAGUCCCCCGGUUCCUUAUGUGCAACCUGGCCUUUGCCGAUCUCUGCAUUGGAAUCUACCUGCUGCUCAUUGCAUCAGUUGAUAUCUACACCAAAAGCCAGUACCACAACUACGCCAUCGACUGGCAAACUGGCGCAGGCUGUGAUGCUGCUGGCUUUUUCACAGUCUUUGCCAGUGAGCUCUCAGUCUACACUCUGACAGCCAUAACACUGGAAAGAUGGCACACCAUCACCCAUGCCAUGCGGCUAGAAUGCAAAGUGCAGCUCCGCCACGCUGCUGGUGUCAUGCUGCUAGGCUGGAUCUUUGCCUUUGCAGUUGCCCUCUUUCCCAUCUUUGGCAUCAGCAGCUACAUGAAGGUGAGCAUCUGCCUGCCCAUGGAUAUUGACAGCCCCUUGUCACAGCUAUAUGUUAUGUCCCUCCUUGUGCUCAAUGUCCUGGCCUUUGUGGUCAUCUGUGGAUGCUACGCUCACAUCUACCUCACAGUGAGAAACCCCAACAUCGUGUCCUCCUCUAGUGACACCAAGGUCGCCAAGCGCAUGGCCAUGCUCAUCUUCACGGACUUCCUCUGCAUGGCGCCUAUCUCCUUCUUUGCCAUCUCUGCCUCCCUCAAGGUGCCCCUCAUCACAGUAUCCAAGUCAAAGAUCCUCCUGGUCCUAUUCUAUCCCAUCAACUCCUGCGCCAACCCCUUCCUCUAUGCCAUCUUCACUAAGAACUUCCGCAGGGAUUUCUUCAUUUUGCUGAGCAAGUUUGGCUGCUAUGAAAUCCAAGCCCAGACUUACAGGACAGAAACUUUAUCCACUGCCCACAACUCCCACCUGAGAAAUGGCCACUGCCCUCCAGCUCCGAGGGUUGCCAAUUACGUGCUCGUCCCUCUAAGCCAUUUAGCCCAGAACUAACACAUUAUGUGCAAAUACCACCGUGUUGAAUGGUAACUGAAGUCUCACCUUUGAAGUAUGGGCUACGGCAGAGUACUUCUACAUACUCCAUACUAUUUAAUCUUCCUGGCACACCUAGAAGGUGACUUGCUCAGGAACUACUCCAUCUGAUCGAUUAGGAAGUUCAAGUAGUAACAACAUUCAUAA